GUCGAUUGGAGCGAAAUUGACGAAGUUACGAGUAUUUUUUUUACCUUUUUAUUAACGUUUUAUAUCAGAUUUUAAAGCUUUAAAGCGUGUUCCCACAACUCAAGUUAUCAAAGUUGGUGGCCCUUAUAACUGCAAAACUACUGCACUGAUCGUUUUGAAAUUUUAAACACUAUUUCUAUACAUACUUUACGAGGUAAUGCUGGAGUGUUUUUAAUUAGAUAAUAUUUUUCAUUCCACAGUGUUACAUAGGUAAAUCGAUUAUCUAUCAAUAUAAUUUUAAUUUUUAUAUUUAAAAUGAUUCAGCAACGAGUUAUGAGGGGUACGGCAAUUCAAAUUUUUUUCCGAGACGCUCCAGAGAAAUUGCUGUCACUGCCGCAUUACUUAAUAUUUUUCCAUGAAAAUUUAACAGAAAGUAUUGUAGUUGUAGUUUUUCAAAAUAGGUCUUCGAUGUUUCGUAAAAAAAAUCAUAAGAAUUGGCCUUGUUUGACACGAAUUAAGCGUACUUCCUUAAAGUAAAUUAUUUGCAAAAAUGUAUUAUAGCACAUUUCAACAAGCUAUAUUUAUAGUAAAUUUUGAAUUGCCUGCUGGGGUUAUCGCUUAGUUUGCAACGGUUGUUCUAACUAGUAAUAAAUUCCAAAACAUGUUUCUCAGAAUGGCUUAUCGCUUAUUAUUUAUUUCUAAAAUAUCAAAAGACAAAUAUUUAGCUAAGCUUAUUCAUUAAAAGGAACUUGAAGUGAGCGGUUGUUACAAGUGAUUAGUUUGCAACAUCACUUUAUUAUUAAAGCAAUAUUUAACUGCUCUAUAAGUAUAACAGUAGAAAAUUACAAAUUUUAAUUGAAAUGCUGAAUUUUAAUUUGAUCGCUGCUGUUUGUGAGAAUUCAGGUAUAGGUUUACACGGAGAUUUACCAUGGAGUUUAAAGUGUGUCGGAAUAUGAAUAUUUUACACAUACAACGAAACGGCGAUGUGAUAUGACAAAGCAUAAUGUUGUUAUAAUGGGACGGCUAACUUAUUUAAGUAUACCCGAACACGAACGACCGCUUGCAGAUCGCAUUAAUGUUGUUUUAAGCACAACUUUAUCGCCGAUAGAUCUGCCAACAAAUGUGCUCUUAUUUCCUAAUCUGGAGUCAGCAAUGAAACGAUUGGAACAAAGGGAUUUGCGAGAACGAAUCGAAAAGGUUUGGAUAGUUGGCGGAAGUGGGGUUUACAGAGAAGCUAUGUCUUCACCGCGCUGUCAUCGUCUCUAUAUAACAAAUAUUAAACAAAAGUUUAGCUGUGAUAUAUUUUUCCCUGAAAUGCCAUAUAUUUUUAAAGAAAUAGGACCGGAUCCGGAGACGCCAUUAGGUGUACAGGAGGAACAUGGCGUGAAAUAUGAAUACAAAAUUUACCAAAAGUAAUUCUUACUGUUAAUUAAAAAUGUAUACCAUAUAUAAAGUUUGAUAGUAAGAAAAGCUUUGUGUUUUUUAUUUCUCAUUUGCUUUUUAUUUCCCAAAAAGGGAAAGCUUAAGGCAACAACAAGUUUAAAUUUCCUUUUCCGCGGCAAUUUAAAGAGUGCAUAAUUUAAAGUUUACAUCAUAUUUAUUAAGCAACUUUUUUUAAAACUUGACUCGUUAUACUUUUAAUUAUAACUGGGGUAAUUAUAUACGUACUAUGUAGGCGCAUUUAUGAAAAUCAAUUGUAAGUUCCCGGUUAUUCACCCUAGAAAAGAUUCACCACCCACCAGUGUUGCCGUUACGUUGGGUUGUAAAGUAUCCGGAACCUUUAAAUAAUAUGAACUUGAUACAUCUAUUUGUUAAUAUGAUGUGCUAUCACAUAUUAAAGGUAAUAUUAUAUAUUUUUGAGAUUUUUAAUAACCUUAAUAACGUUUUUUUUUUAUUUCGAAGGUAUUAGUAUCUGUUAAAGUUAAAAAAUUUAAUAUUUUGUUUACUUGUGUAAACGAAUUUAUUUUGCCCGGCAACACUUGUAAGUUGCUUAUAAAUUCGAUUGUGAAGUAUUUUGAUUUAGUAUUUUAUUCCUGUUCUUCCUUAUCUAUCAAUUCAAUAAAAUUACUUGUUUUGCAGAAACGGCUGUAUAGGAAUAACUUUUAGUUAGAAGUGUGUAAUCAAAAGCAAAUCGCACAAUAAAAUAAUUAUGGAAUCUGCGUCGCAAACAGUUUCUUCAGAACCAAAACUAACAGAAGACCAAGCAACUGCCGAUGUUGCUACAGAGUCUGUUGUAGAUAUGACUUUUACGAAGGAAUUGCGUAAAGCCACGAAAGACGUGCAUAAAAUUAGUGAUGUGCUUGUGAAUGCAAAGUUUGCUUUAGCGCUAUCGGACGAUGCUGUCUGGUUUGAUGGUUUAUUAGCGUUUUACGAAGUUUACAAAUUUUUGGAGGAAAAUCUUCCUGAAAACUUACUUCCUAAAGAACUUCAUCGAAAAUCAGCCUUUGAACAAGAUUUGGCGUAUUUCCUUGGCAAAAAUUGGAAAGAUAAUUACGAACCAAGAGAGAGUGUUAAGAAAUAUAUUCUUCAUUUAGAAGAAGUCAAUGCAAAAAACAAAUUACUGUUGUUUGCGUAUGCAUAUCAAAUGUAUAUGGCUUUAAUGUCCGGCGGUCAAUUGCUGCAAAAGAAACGAAUGAUUAAGAGAAAACUUUGGUUUGGUAAGCAAGCUGAAGAGGAAGAAGUGAAAUUAUCUAAUUUAAAUACGGGACUGGAUGAUUUUGAGAACCGUCCAAUGCCAAGCCAAGUUACCAUUUGCCCAGAGGGAUGUGCUGCAACUUAUUUUCCGGAGAAAAUUUCAGUUUUGAAGGAUAAGUUACGACAAGUACUCAAUGAUAAUUAUGGAAAUUUUAAUGAUGACCUCCGUGCCGAAUUUAUAGAAGAGAGCCGUAACGUCUUUAUUUACAACGGCGAUGUUGUUCGUUCUAUAAAGGGUGUUAACCGUGCAAAUCUACGAAAAUUGGCAAUGGUUUUAGUUUUUGUGAUGGGUAUAUAUUUUGCUUUAAAACUAGCAAAACGUUAAUACCUGGACUGGUGAAUAUAAAUAUAUGUAUGUAGUUUAAUGUUCCAAAACACAAUAUAACCAUAAAAAAUGACAGAUGUAAACUGUCUGUUAAAAAUUGAAAUUUUAGUUAUGUAACCCUACUUUAUCCAGAGAAUAUAUAUUAUAAACGUUCUCGACUUUAUUUUGAAUAACAAA